UAUGGCGGUCGAUGGGAAGGAAGAGGAGAAAAUUUCUCCGAUUUUCAACCUGAUAUGUCGACCCCUUGAACUUUGUACGUGUUUCAAAAUGCUUUGAGUUAACGUUCAAAGCAAAUAACUUGCUUUGUAAAUACAAAUUCGAAUGGGUUCUCAAACGCUGGAGAUUUUGCGUCAGGGUGUUUGGGCCUCGCUGACGGGAGGUUGGUUCUUCGACCCACACCAAGAAAUCUUUACCAAUACCUUUCAUUUUUACUUAUGGAUUAUUCUGCUGUGUCUGCCGUUUUCUCUUUACCUUGGUGCUCCGCCUUCUGAUCUAGUCUGGGUCUUGUAUGCAGCAUUUGUUGGAGUUCUAUUCGCCAUCAUUAAAUUCUUAAACUACCGUCUUCAUUUGAUGUUUGACGGCGAGGAAUUUCACUCCGAGGAAGAUCAYCGAGAGGACAGUGGCUCCACAAGAGAAAUCCCAACAGGAGAUAGCGUCGUGAGAGAGCACUCCGUUAGCGUGAGACGUGAUGAUAGUUCCGUUGUGUCUCCCCAUGYGGAGGGGGCCGGGGAAGUCAUUGAAAUGGAGGUGAUUAACAGAUGUGGCUCAUCCGCUGAUUGUAAUGGUAGCCAUGAGCAACAACCCCUGCCCCCCUCAAUGCCUUCUUCUCUUCUUAACCAAUCGCAGACAAUGGAGAAUAACCCUGAUCAGGAUAGUGGUGAUCAAGCUAGCAAGACAGAAGAAGAAACAGGCGCAAGAAGAAAAAAAGUAGGGGCAAAGGAGAUAACGUUUGCACUGGAAAUACCAACAAGUGAUGAUUCAGAUGACAGUGGGAGGCAAAGUCCUAGUGGAAAGUUAAAUCCAGGAAGUUCUCAACAAGACCAAGAAACUGAAAAAGAGAUGCCAAAUACACACAAAGAGAAUCAUUUUGAAAGCAUGACAAGUUUCAAAAGUGACCAAUCACAUGACGAUGCUCCAAGCUCAACAAACGAUGUCCAAAACCCAAAUAACAAGGAAGAAUGUACAAUAGGUAACAUUGAUUAAUCUCUGUCAGAAUGCU